CCCCGUGCGCGCGGUGCUGCAGCCUCCGGUGGCCCGCUCUCAGGGACCCGUCCCUACCGCCCGGGCACCCCCACGCCUCUCGGCCCCGGACUUGCGCUGUGGGAGGCGCUGAGUCGAGUGCGACCCCCAAAGCAGCGUCCAGCGCGAAAGGUACUAAUUAGGAUGAAUGGGAUUUGGAGAAAUUCGAUUUCCUGUCUAAGGAUAAGAAAUGUGCCACACAGAUACCAAAGUGGUUAUCACCCAGCAGUCCCUCUGGGAUCAAGGAUUCUAACCGACCCAGCCAAAGUUUUUGAGCACAACAUGUGGGAUCAUAUGCAAUGGUCAAAAGAGGAAGAAGCAGCAGCCAGAAAAAAAGUAGAGGAAAACUCAGCUGAGCGAGUCCUUCUGGAAGAACAAGUUAAGUAUGAGAGGGAAGCUAAUAAAUACUGGGACACAUUUUACAAGAUUCAUAAGAAUAAGUUUUUCAAGGACCGUAAUUGGCUGCUGAGGGAAUUUCCUGAAAUUCUUCCACUUGAUCAGAAAACUGAAGAGGAGGCAAAAGAAUUAUCAUGGGAUUAUGUAAAAACUAAUGCUGCAAAUUGUUUCUCAAGAAAGCACUGUCCUAUUGUGCCUGAAGAAAAGAAUUAUUAUCAGAAAAGUUCUGGUUCAUCAGAUGGUCAAAGCAAAGCAGAAUCUGAUUUUGCCAACCUCCACUCUGAAGAGCAUAGAAAAGGACCUCUGAAGGCGGCCCUCUUUCCUGGUAGCAAAGCCACUUUCAGAAUCCUAGAGGUUGGCUGUGGUGCUGGAAAUAGUGUUUUUCCAAUUCUGAACACUUUGCAGAAUGCUCCAGAGUCCUUUCUUUAUUGUUGUGAUUUCGCCUCUGGAGCUGUGGAGCUAGUAAAGUCGCACCCAUCCUACAGAGCAGCCCAGUGCUGUGCCUUUGUUCACGAUGUUUGUGACGAUGGCCUGCCCUACCCGUUCCCGGAUGGGAUCCUGGAUGUCGUCCUCCUUGUCUUUGUGCUCUCUUCCAUUCAUCCUGACAGGAUGCAAGGUGUUGUAAACCGAUUGUCCAAGUUACUGAAACCUGGGGGCAUGCUGUUAUUUCGGGACUAUGGAAGAUAUGAUAAGACUCAGCUUCGUUUCAAAAGGGGGCACUGUUUAUCUGAAAAUUUUUAUGUUCGAGGAGAUGGUACCCGGGCAUAUUUCUUUACAAAAGGGGAAGUCCACAGUAUGUUCUGCAAGGCUGGGUUGGACGAGAAGCAAAAUCUGAUUGAUCGCCGCUUACAAGUCAAUAGGAAAAAACAAGUGAAAAUGCACCGAGUAUGGGUUCAAGGCAAAUUCCAGAAACCAUUACACUUGGCUCAAAAAAGCUCCACAUCAGCACUUGCACUCCUUUCGCAUAGCUGAACUCUGUACCAUGUUGAGGUGCAGACCAGAGGACCACACUAUUCAAAGAUUUAUAUAAUUUUAUAUUUAUGAAAAGACAGAAGAAGAGAAUGUAUAUAUUCUGCUGUUUAUUGUGGGCGAGCUCUUUGGUGUAUUGUAAGCACGUGUAAGUGGUUUGGAAGAGUGCACCAUAGCCUGUGUUUUCAAAACUUAAUAUGAGCAAGCUUGUUUGAAUUUUGUAAGCAUGCAAUUUAAUUACUGUCAUAAGUCAUGAUUCUGAGAAGCCAUGACCUUCCAUUUUUCAGAAGAGGAGAAAAUCACCUACGCUAUUUAUAUAUUAGUCAAACACAGUUUAACUCCCUCCUGCAUUAUCUGGUAGCGGACAGGCAGCUCACCUUGUUUCCAGGGAAAAUCACAAGCCCAAGACAAAGUCAUGGCAUGUUAUAAAUGUAUCUGGAGAGAUUGGUUGAGGGGUCAUCUAAAGAAUGGAAUACAGAGAUGAGGAGCAAGGAAGACCACAGAAAGGUUUUUGUACACACUUGCCUUGGUAGCAAGUCUUCAGAAGUACAAUAUCCAGGUUUGUUUAAACAUGCAUGUCAGUAAAUGUAAAAGUUAAAAUUUGCCCGAGACUCUUAACUUGGUUGUCUUUCAUAAUUAAAGUGUACAUUUACUAGCCAAGCUAGUAAUGAAAGUAUUACAUACAGCAAGGGAAGUUAGAUAAGUUAAUGUUGCUAUGGGAACCCCAGCAGAUCUUGUUUCUUAAUUUCAAAAUCAUGGCCCAAGGUGGUUUUAAAAACAACAGAAGGUGAAAUUAUUCUCACAUUCUCACACAUGUAAAUUGUACUGUCUCUCUCGGUCCUAAAUAGCAGAUUCAAGCCUGCCUCUUGACUGGCGCAGUAAAAUUCAGCUUCGUGUCUUUCUAUAGCGUAUUACAGCAUGUAGUUAACCUUUAGAAGCUUCAAAAUAACAGCAACCGGAUUUGGACUGUGAGACACAAACUGUCCUCUUUUGAGCUCUGUCUAGCAUAGACCUCCUAUUCCACGUAAUGGCUCAGUAGGGCCAUUUCUACCAGUGUCUUAAGUUUGUUGGUCAGUCUUCUGACCUGAAUCAACCCCCUAUUUUGCCCCAAAAAGGAUAUAAGUCGGUUUGCGUAUUGCUAGAAAUGUAGAUUUUUGGGCAGAAGAAGAAAAAAAGAGAAAGCCCUGAUUUGGAAUAUUGCCUUAGGUA